AUGGCUGCUGGUAAUGGUAAUGAGGGUUUCUUUUCGAACUUACCUAUUCUUGAUGGAAAGAAUUAUGAUCAUUGGGUCAUAAGAAUGGAGGCCAUUCUUGGUUAUCAAGAAUUGUGGGAGGUUGUCACGGAGGGUGCUAAGGAGAAGGACGAAGCCGCAAAUAAGAAGAAAGAUUGCAAGGCUCGACGUCUCUUGCAUCAAUGUGUAGAUCCAGUGAAUUUUGAAAAGAUUGCCAAGGCCAAGACAGCAAAAGAAGGUUGGGAAAUCCUGCAGAGGGCUCACGGUGGUGCUGAAAAAAUCAAGAAAGUACGACUGCAAUGUAUAAGAAGGAAAUUUGAGUUGGCUGAAAUGGAAGAUUCAGAAAAGGUAGCAGACUAUUUUAAUAGACUGCAACUAUUGGCGAAUCAGAUUAAGAGCUGUGGGGAGGCUAUCACAGAGAUCAGUGUGGUGGAAAAGGUUCUACGCACUCUGAGUGAUAAAUUUGAUAACGUGGUUACAACCAUUGAAGAGUGUGGCAGAGAUUUGAAGACUCUGUCAAUAGAGGAGCUGCAGGCCACAUUAGAAGCACAUGAGAUGAAGCGUUCAGUAAGAAGUUCAGAGAAAAAGGGUGAAGAACAGACUUUAAAAGCCCAGAUCAGUAAGAACAGAGGUUCUGGCAGGGGCAAAUGGAAAAGUAAUAGAGGUGGUGGCAAAUUUGGUAGAGGUGCUCAUUCCUCAGUCCAAGAAUCAGGUUAUGGUGAGAAAUCAGAAUAG